ACAGCCUUGAAGCAAAUAUCAAACCCAGACGCUUGUAUAACGCCCCUCAAAUAAUGUAUAUCUUCAGGCAUCGUUAAUUUUCACAGUCGAGUUAGUUCUUUCAAAGAUCCCAUCUUUUUAUGGGUUUUACCAUAUAAUCCGAUCUCCUUAUCGGAGUAUCAGUUGGAGCAUAACCCAUGCAUCGUUCCGUCUGGAGGUGCAUGUUCACCCGUUCGAGAUGGCUUAGGGAUACAUUGCUAUUUAGACCGGCUCAUCCGAUUAUUCAGCCUCUUACGUCUUCGACUUGUUUUGGAAACCCCAACCACCGCAAUUUUGUUGAUCAUAGAGGUGUCUUUCCACGUCAAACACCCUUUCAACAGCGUGAUGACACAAUAUACGCCCUGUCGACUGCCGAAGGUAAAGCCGGCAUUGCAGUAAUUCGAAUUUCGGGGCCUUCCUGCAAAUCUAUUUAUCACGGGCUUUGCCCAGGCAAGCCUGUGCUCAAACCUCGCUAUGCAAGCGUCAGGACAUUAUAUCAUCCGGACUCGAGUGGAUCCGAAAUACUCGAUUCGGAGGCAUUAGCGGUUUUCUUUCCAAAUCCGAAGACAGUUACCGGCGAUGACGUAUUGGAAUUGCAUGUGCACGGCGGCAGCGCAACCGUGAAAGCUGUCCUCUCAGCAAUUCCAAAAUGCGCCGCGGAAGGACCAAUUCGGUAUGCCGAACCUGGAGAAUUCACCAAGCGCGCGUUUCUCAGCAACAGGCUCGAUUUAGCACAGGUCGAAGCUCUUAGUGAGACCCUCGCAGCGGAGACAGAGCAACAGCGACGCGCGGCGGUUCGCGGUAGCAGUGGAUCGUUGGGUCGAACGUACGAUGACUGGCGUCAGCAGCUAUUGCGAGCGCGAGCUGAGAUGGAAGCUCUCAUCGACUUCUCCGAAGAUCAACAUUUCGACGAAUCGCCCAUUUCCCUUAUCGGCAACGUGACCGAGCAGGUUAAGCAGAUCCUUCAGAGCAUACACGUUCACGAAGGGGCAAGUGAACGGAGCGAGCUCCUUCGUAACGGGAUUAAAAUCGCGCUUGUGGGGCCCCCGAAUGUCGGCAAAAGCUCCUUCAUGAACCAGGUAGUCGGCAGGGAAGCGUCGAUCGUGUCAGGAGAAUCUGGUACGACGCGAGAUAUCAUUGAGGCAAAUCUUGAUAUUCGCGGCUACCUAUGCACAUUUGCGGAUACCGCUGGCUUUAGAAGUGCCGCCGGAAAGGAUCAUACGGGUCCUCGAGGAUCCGAGGCCAAGAUAGGGGCUAUUGAGGAAGAGGGUAUCCGCCGAGCGAGGGUCAAAGCCACUCAAUCUGAUGUAAUCAUCGUACUCGUCUCGGUGGAAACAGAUUCUCUUGGCAACUCCCAGAUCUGCUAUGAUUUAGAGACAUUGAGGUUGGCGGCAGAGAGUAAGGCGCACCUUCUGGUUGUCAAUAAGCGUGAUGCUGUCGCCGACGCCGAAUUGCAAGUUCUCGUUCGACGGUUUACGGACGACGUUCUCUGGAAAAUUAAGGGACUUGAGGCCAUUCGGCCGAUACUCAUCUCUUGUAAGGAGGCGCAAGAUCUAAGUUCUGACCGUAUCGACUCCGGGGGAAUUCGGGGGGUAAUCGAUCAGUUGGUGUCAUCGUUCGCAAGUAUGACAUCUCUUCCCGCCACCCUGCAAGAUCUCCAUGGUGUUACAGAGCGUCAGCGGCAGCUACUCGUCAGGUGCCGGCGGCACUUAGAGAGUUACCUCGAGAGCGUAGGUUCUACGACAUUUACGAGUGAUGAAGGCGACACCCACAGCGGGGUCGAUGAGACCGACGCCGAUAUCACGAUGGCGGCCGAGCACCUGCGUUACGCUGCCAAUUUCCUUGGUCGGAUCACUGGUCGUGGAGAAGUAGGAGAUGUGGAGGAGAUCCUUGGCGUAAUCUUCGAAAAAUUUUGUGUAGGAAAAUGACUGAAUAAAGAUGACUAGUAUGUAAUACAGAGAUGUAACAAAGAUGUGUGUUCGCCAAUAUCGCCGCCCAGAUGCUGCCAAAUAUGCAGAUGUAAAUGCUUUUCCCUUUCCGUCGUCAAAUGUCUAUCCCAUUUCCCAUGCAAUGUUGGAUAAGUG